UUUCACUUAAUUAACCAAAAGUAACCCAAAAUCUUAUCGCCGCCCUUUGAUUUUUAUUCGCAGCUUUUCAACUCGCAAGCAAUUCCCACAAUUUUGAAAUUAAUUUACUCAAAAAACAAGAAUAAUAACUACAAAUACUAUACAAACUUACUACAAUGAAGAAUCAACAGCAACAACACUCCAAAGUUUUCUUCUUUAAGCAACCUCUCCCCUACUUUUCACUUCAUCUUCUUCCUUCAUUUUCUCUCUUCUCAACCAUUAAUUUGUUUUUCAGGGAUUUCUUUCUACUUUUUAAUGUGAGUUAUUAACUUCAAUUCAAAGCAAGAAACUUUAAGAAUGGUGGGUAUUUUCUCUAAGUUUUCUAGCAGCAAAUCUGGGCACAGAAGAACUCAAAGCGCAAUUGAUGCAAGGGAGGUCUCAGCCCCAAUUCCAGAGGACACAGUGGCCGAGGUUGCACAGCCAGUUGCUCAUGGUAUAGAUGUAGGUGUAGAAUUUAAACCUGUUGAACAUCCGGUUGAGCCUCUUGACAAUGAUAAACCCGUCCAGUGCCCAUUGCCAGAACCUUCUAUUCUAAAUGAUGGAAGAAUAUGGAAGGAGCGAGUUUCUGCUGCACAUGUGCGGAGAAGAUCUGACUUGCCGCUCAGGGCAGAAGGGUCAGCGGGUGAUUCCGAAGCAGCUGCUGGUUCAAAUUCGCGGCCUGCUCGUCAAAAUCGCAUGAUGCUACCAUCAAUAAGUGCACCUGAACAUAACCUUGUUAAUUUGCUAGAAGAAUGCAAGGCCUCUGGGAUCUUAUAGGUAUAUAUAUGAUGUUACAUCUACUGGAAUUCACUUGUGGCUCUUAUAAUAUUUUGAAAAUCAAUACUGAAACGACCACUGUGAAUUCACAUCAUUUGAAUGUGAAGGAGCUGGUUCCCUGUGAUGCAUGUAAUUUUGUUGUCGAUUUGUCAAACAAAACGUACAAGUCCUCAAUGAAGCUGGCAUCAAUGCUUAAUUUGUAUCUACUACUGUAUUGGAAUGUGGAGCUCAUUUUUAAUAAUAUAUCUGUGAAAAUUUAUUAUUGUA